AUGUUUGGAUCAGCUACUGCUUCUUGUCAAGUAGAAGGAGCAUGGAACGAGGGUGGGAAAGCGGAAAGCAUAUGGGAUCAUUUAACACAUACCCAGCCCUGCGCCAUCAAAGAUUGUUCUAAUGGGGACAUCGCUGACGACUCCUACCAUUUGUACAAACGCGACGUGGAAAUGUUGCCAGAUAAGCGCUUUGGCCUGUACGAGGUGGACUUCGAGAGCCCUGAGCGCACGCGCACGCCGUGCAAGACCGCCUUCGUGUACAAGCAGAUCGUGCGCACGCGCGAGCUCGACUGGCACUACGAGCCCGACACCGACGUCAUGACCAUUGAUGAAGGACACUAA